ACACACACACACACACACACGCUCCGCGCUGGAUCUCUCCGGCACCGAGACUCCGUGUCUGAAAACGGAGAAGCAACACACGGGUUGACAUCAGCCUUUUGGGGAUGGAGGACGCAGGCAGCGGCUGGGCACUUGAGCUCACCCCCCCGUGCGCGAUGCCCGAGCUGAAUGGGAGUGACACGGGUCAGGUGUUUGAGGUGGCGCUGCAGAACGGCUCGUCCAAGCGCAGCUCCCAGUUUGUGGGCGUGGAGCUGCUGCAGUCCUUCAAGCUGCUCAUCAUUCCCUGCUACACUCUGGUGGCUCUGGUGGGCGUCUUCGGCAACUACCUGCUGCUCUACGUCAUCUGCCGCACCCGCAAGAUGCACAACGUCACCAACUUCUUCAUUGGAAACCUGGCCUUCUCCGACAUGCUGAUGUGCGCCACAUGUGUCCCCUUCACGCUGGCCUACGCCUUCAACCCGCACGGCUGGGUGUAUGGCCGCUUCAUGUGCUACCUGGUGUACCUCAUCCAGCCGGUGACGGUGUACGUGUCCGUCUUCACUCUCACUGCCAUCGGUGUGGACAGAUACUACGCCACAGUUCAUCCUCUGAAAAAGCGCAUCUCAGUCUUGGCGUGCACCUACCUUCUGUCUGGGAUCUGGCUGCUGUCCUGCGGCCUUGUGGCUCCCGCCGUGGCUCACACCUACCACGUGGAGUUUAAGAAGGAGGGCUUCACCAUCUGCGAGGAGUUCUGGAUGGGCCAGGAGAGGGAGCGGCUGGCCUACGCGUACAGCACCCUCUUCAUCACCUACGUCCUGCCUCUGUCGGCGCUCUGCAUCUCGUACCUGUGCAUCUCUGUCAAACUGCGGAACUGUGUCGUGCCGGGCCACCACACCCAGAGCCAGGCGGAGGCUCAGCGCAUGCGCAAACGCAAGACCUUCCGGCUGGUGAGCCUGGUGGUGGCAGCCUUCGGCGUCUGCUGGAUGCCAAUCAGCGUGUUCAACGUGCUGCGGGACAUCGACAUCGACCUGAUUGACAAGCCGUACUUUCUGCUCAUCCAGCUGCUCUGUCACCUGUGCGCGAUGAGCUCGUCCUGCUGUAACCCUUUCCUCUACGCCUGGCUGCAUGACCGCUUCCGAUCUGAGCUCCGCAAGAUAUUCACAUGCCGCCGACGCAUCGGCCUCUCGGCCAACAACUGCGCCACAGCCAGUGUGGUUUUGUGAAGCUCCUGUGUUUUAAAGGC